CUCCCGCCCCAACUCCAUCCGGCUCAAGGAAGCGGAAGACUAAAGCUUCCGAAUCCGCUUCCGAAAGUAGAGCAGCAAUCAAUAAGGGCAAACAAAAAAUUGACCUGGCGACAUACAAUCGUCGCAAAGCAACUGUGGCGGCGCUGUUCGGUGGGUCGGAUGACGAGGCGGAGGCUGCAGCGGCACUGAACAACCCGAUUCAAGAGCUGGAGAGCAGCUUAACCCGAAAAGUUGGGGAUGGGUCGUUGCGGCGAACCGCAAAAUUAGACGGAAGCCUGUUCUGCGAACUUCGUGUUUACGAAGUUCGCGAUAUUAAAAACAUAUCCCCACGGGACCGGUGGACCAAAGCGUACACCAGUCUUAAGUAUCAAUUCGAUUAUGAUAGUCCGGAAUGGACUAACAUAAUUGAUUUCAUUCGGGUUGCGAAGACCCGAUUUACACAGGAGCCAAUAUACUAUCCGAAUAAGAAGUAAAUCUUAGUUGGAUAGUAUAUGUUUCAGAAAAUCGAAUUAAAGUUAAUCGUCUUUAAAAAUAAAAACUACAAAAUAUGUUUAAAUUAUUAAAUAUUGUUCGUUGCUAAUUUAUUUAAUUUAAAUAUUAAUUAAAUUUUACCUUACAUAUUUUACAGAUACCUAAUAUUUUUUAUCGAUGAUUAACUUUAUUUAGGCUUUCUGAAACCGGCUCCUAACUAGGUUAUAGCGGUAUACCAAAUACCUUAUUUUUAACUACUUUAUCUUACUGAAAAUAUAUAAUAAAAUAUAAUAUAACUUAAUAAGUAAAGUGUUAAUUAUUUACUUAUUCAACAAUGGUUAACCCCAGUAAAAAUAUUUUCUGCUCAGUGUGCGAACAAUUAGUAAAAAGUAAAGCCUUUUCAGCUCACUUAAAAAGCAUAGCUCAUAAAAAUAAUACCCGAGUUGAAGCGGAGGAGUGUAUAGAAAAAAUUAAUUCAGCAUUUCGUUCACGAAUUGCUUCGUAUCGAGUGUACGAUUCCCGCAGAACCAAACAUCCCGCCCCCGUGCCCGCAGCUCGCCCCGGGCGUGCGCAAGCGCAGGUGUGUGCUCCUGAAAGCCACCCUGUAAUGCCGGCACCGUUUUUGCGUGUCAUCGCUGGUAAAGUUCAGCGACUAUUGAAUGCGGCUCUUGCUACGCAUCAAAGUGUUAAAAUUAACUUUGAACUAUUUGCAAAUUUUUAUCUACCUAAAAAUGAUACUUCCGAGGUUAAGUCUUUUGCCACUGAAAAUAGGUGCAUCCACAGCAAUUAUGAUUUCAAAACUAUAUUCAAUGAGAUGUGCGACGUAAUUCUAAAAAAAGUUGACGAGUUCCAGGAACGCGAUAGUGGGUGGUCAUUGCUUGAUACACUUUAUUUAGAGGUAAAUAUUAAUAAAUAUAUUCCUCUUCGUGCGUCUGGCUUUAUUGAUCUACCAAAAAGCAUAAAAAGUAAGAAAGCUUGCAUCAAUGUGAACAAUAAUGAUAGUUUUUGUUUUCUUUGGUGCAUAAUGGCAGCUCUUUUUCCGGCGAAAUGUAACGCAAACCGAACAAAAUCAUAUCCACAUUUUUGUACCGUUCUAAAUACGCAUGGAAUGACAUUUCCAGUCAGCUUUACCGACAUAAAAUUAUUUGAAAAAAAUAAUAAAAUUAGUGUCAACGUUUAUGGGUUAAAAAAAUGUAAUGUUGUUGGCCCGCUAUACAAGUCAAGUGCCCGCCAAGCGGUUCACGUAAAUCUUUUAUUGCUUGAAAAUAAGAAUACGUUACAUUAUUGUUUAAUAAAAGAUUUGAAUAAACUCUUACGUUCGCAAUUAACCAAACACCAUGGAAAAGUUUACUUUUGCGAUGAGUGUUUGAUAUGUUUUGAUUCCGAGGAACGAUUGACCUUGCAUAGUUGUGGAGGCGUCGCGACAGUUCUGCCGACUGAAGGCGCAAUACUCGAGUUUAAGCACUACGAACGCUUACAAAAAAUGCCUUUUGUUAUUUAUGCUGAUUUUGAAACUUUGUUGGAGCCGUGUUCAACAAUACCAGAUUCGAAUCAUACACAAAUUACUCACAAGCAUAUACCGAGUGCUUUUUCUUAUUACAUAACUUGUUCAUACGAUAAUAAUUUCAAUAAAUUAAUGUUUUAUCGCGGUAAAGAUUGUGUCGAUAUGUUUAUAAGUUUUCUUCAAAAUGAUAUAACAGAAAUUUAUAAAGUCCUCUCUAGACCUAUAGCACUGGUAAUGACUGACACGGAUCAAUUAAAUUUUGAUACAUCACAUCAAUGCUGUAUAUGUGAGAAACCGUUAGUAGAAGACCGAGUGAGGGAUCACUGUCACUUAACAGGUAAAUACAGAGGAGCAGCGCAUUCGUAUUGUAAUUUGCGCUACAAACUCCCUAAAUUUAUUCCUGUAUUUUUUCACAAUCUGUCUGGGUACGAUAGCCACUUGUUUAUACGACAUUUGGGAUCUAUUCCAGGUAAAAUUAAGGUUAUAGCAAGAAACAAGGAAAACUACAUAUCGUUUACUAAAAUAUUUCAAAUGACAGAUUCAGAAAAUAUUGCUGUGAGAUUUGUUGAUUCCUUUAGCUUUUUGCCUUCUAGUUUGGACAAGCUUUCAAACACUUUAGCUGAUGAACAGUUUAAGCAUUUAAAUCAAAUUUGUAAAAAUAAAUCCGAGUUCAAUCUUCUUAGACGAAAAGGUGUCUAUCCCUACGAUUAUAUGACCACGUGGUCAGCCUAUGAUGAGACAAAACUUCCACCGCAAGAAUUAUUUUUCAAUAAGUUAAACAAUUCAUCGUUAUCAAUCGAUGACUAUAAACAUGCAAAAAAUAUAUGGUGCACAUUUAAUAUAAAUAAUUUAGGAGAAUAUACAGAUUUAUAUGUAAAGACAGACGUGUUGUUAUUAGCAGACGUUUUUGAAAAUUUUCGCACAACAUGUAUAAAAAAUUAUAAGUUAGAUCCGGCUUUUUAUUUGACUUCACCAAGCUAUAGUUUUGACGCUAUGCUUUUAAAAACACGAGUUAAUUUGGAGCUCAUCCAUGACUUAGAAAUUAUUAGGAUGCUUCAAAGUGGUAUUCGUGGUGGUGUGUGUUUGUGUACAACCAGACACGCUAAAGCUAAUAAUAAGUAUCAACAUAGUUAUGACCCAAAACUUCCAUCAAACUUUUUAGUUUACCUUGAUUGUAAUAACCUAUACGGAUAUGCAAUGUGCCAAAGUUUACCUCACUCAGGAUUCAAAAUGUUAAGUAAAUUUGAAAUAGAUGGAUUGAACAUAUUAGAUAUAGCAGAUGAUGCCGCAUAUGGAUAUAUUUUGGAGGUUGAUUUAGAAUAUCCAGAUUAUCUCCAUGACUCUCACAAUGAUUUGCCCUUUUGUGCACAAAAGUUUGCACCACCGGGUUCAGUGUCAAAAAAAUUAAUUCCAAAUUUAUAUGAUAAAUUUCAUUACGUGAUUCAUUACAUACACUUGAAAAAUUGUAUUAAACAUGGUUUAGUACUGAAAAAAAUCCAUAAAGUAAUUAAAUUUCCUAUUAUGGAUCUAUCGAUUAACUCUGAUUUGUUCUACUCUUUGGACUCGAUUGAUACGCUUUCAGAUGUAUCUAGCAGAUAUGUCCUCAUAAGAAAUGAUAGACUGGAGAAGGGUUGUGGAGGGGUCGCGAUUUAUCUCCGUGCCGAUAUAAAAUACCGAAUACUGGAAACUUCUCCCCCUAAGUACAGUAAAGGCAUGGAGUUCAUCCUGCUUGAACUUAACUUCAAUACGGUUAAGUUUCUGCUGGGUGUUGUCUACGCUCCUCCCAACUCCGACUACUUUGACCGUAGCUUUGCGAGUAUGGAUUGCGAAAAACUGGCUCAUGACGCUGCUAGCACGGACUGGUCACAAAUAGAGCGCAUUGACAAUAUCGAUGGUAUGGUCAAGUGCUUCAACAGCCUCGUCACCGACCUACUUGAUCGUCAUGCGCCUCUCCACCCAGUCCGUAUGAAGCGGCCCCCAGCCCCAUGGCUGACAGCUGCGAUACGCAAGCAGAUGGCAUAUCGGGACGCACUGCGCCGUAGACAUAAAAAGGAUCCAUCGGAGGCUAAUUGGAACAACUUCAAACACGCGCGUAACCGAUGCAAUCAAAUGAUUCGCAAUGCAAAGCGUCGUCAUAUCCACGCGUCAGUCGAAAACUGCUCGUCAAAAAACCUGUGGCAAUUUCUGCACUCCCUGGGUUUUGGAAAGUGUAGGAAAGACCUACCACUGGCAGUUGACAAGGACGGUCUCAAUCGUCACUUUUCAUCCCCUCCCCACAUCCUUGAUCCUCAUACCAAAGCUCUCACCAUCAGAAGUAUUCAAGCUCUUCCUAUUCCACCUUCUACUCCCUUCUACUUCGCUCCGGUUACUGAAUUUGACAUCAAAAGGAUUAUACUUUCCAUCCCCAGCAAGGCGGCAAGUUUCCGCUCCUCUGGAAACUGGCUUUCAUGGUUCCUGUUCCCAAAAUACCUGUUCCUGUCGAGUUUAAGCACUACCGUCCUAUAUCUAUCCUACCAUUUCUUUCCAAGCACCUGCUCUGCUCUCAUAAAAAUAACUGAUGACUUUCGUAAGGCUGUGGACGAUCGCCAAUUAACUCUCCUGACACUCCUUGACUUCAGCAAUGCUUUCAACUGCGUAGAUCACGAUAUCCUCCUGUCCAUACUCCGUUCCCUCAACAUAUCAGGUUCAGUAGCCGAGUGGUUUACCUCAUAUCUGUGUGGUCGCCGACAGCGCAUCCGGUCCGAUGGCAUUGAAUCUGACUGUUCAGCUCCUAUCACCUAUACGCCGACGACCUUCAACUUUAUGUUACAUGUGGUCCCGAUGAAGUCCCUGAAGCUAUCAACAGGAUGA